AUGUCAGAGCUGGUGCCUGAGCCCAGGCCUAAGCCGGCAGUGCCCAUGAAGCCCGUCAGCAUCAACUCCAACCUCCUGGGCUACAUAGGCAUCGACACCAUCAUCGAGCAGAUGCGCAAGAAGACCAUGAAGACCGGCUUUGACUUCAACAUCAUGGUCGUUGGCCAGAGUGGGCUGGGCAAGUCAACGCUGGUCAACACGCUCUUCAAGUGCCAGGUGAGCCGGAAGGCCUCCAGCUGGAACCGGGAGGAGAAGAUCCCCAAGACGGUGGAGAUCAAAGCUAUCGGGCAUGUGAUUGAGGAAGGUGGCGUCAAAAUGAAGCUGACGGUCAUUGACACUCCGGGCUUUGGAGACCAGAUCAACAAUGAAAACUGCUGGGAGCCCAUCGAGAAGUACAUCAAUGAGCAGUACGAGAAGUUCCUGAAGGAGGAGGUGAAUAUCGCCAGGAAGAAACGCAUCCCUGACACUCGGAUCCACUGCUGCCUCUACUUCAUCUCGCCCACAGGACACUCGUACGUGUCAGCCCCUCCCACACUGGGCCUGGCUCCAGGGUGUGUCAUCCAGGCCUAUGCUGGAUUGGAUGAUCAAGGGUCACUCUCAGCCAGGGGCCAGAAUAUAGUCAUGACCCCCGUUCGCAAGGAGCUGGAGGUAAAUGGCAUCGAAUUCUACCCCCAAAAGGAAUUUGAUGAGGAUUUAGAGGACAAGACAGAAAAUGACAAAAUCAGGCAGGAGAGCAUGCCUUUCGCUGUGGUGGGAAGUGACAAGGAGUACCAGGUGAAUGGCAAGAGGGUCCUUGGCAGAAAAACUCCCUGGGGGAUCAUCGAAGUGGAAAACCUCAACCACUGUGAGUUUGCCCUGCUUCGAGACUUUGUCAUCAGGACCCACCUCCAGGACCUCAAGGAAGUGACACACAACAUCCACUAUGAGACUUACAGGGCCAAGAGGCUCAAUGACAAUGGAGGCCUCCCUCCGGGAGAAGGCGUCCUGGGCACUGUGCUUCCACCUGUGCCAGCCACCCCCUGCCCCUCUGCUGAAUGAAGGCCCUUCCAAGCGCCGCCUCUCCCUCCAUUCUCUCAGCUGUUACUGCUGCAGACCAAGCCCCUUUUAGCGCUGUGCUGUCCCGCCCACCUCUGUCCCCGCCUCUCUCAGUCCGGUGGGAGGGGCCAGCUGCCUCUCUCCUUUGGCCAAACCACCCCCCUCCUCCCAGUGGAGUGGAGUUCUUGCUCUCACCCGCCUGCCUGCACUGCCCUGCUCCAUCGUCUCUGUCUGCUGGUCCCAGGUCAUCUGUAGGGAGAGUGAACUCACCCGGAGCUGCUUCUGCCUUUGCAAACCCAAACCAGCUACUUGUAACCAGCUUUCCUGGGGCGGGCAUAGGGGCAGCAUGGCUGCUAUUCAUUCAUCUGCAUGAGCUACUCUUGGCUUCCUUAAAGGCAACUUAAAGUCAGCAACUUUCAUGUUUAUCAGCCUCGUUGAGAUCAGCUGUAUGCACCCCAUGUGGGAUGGGGGCUUGCCUUCAUUGCCUAUCAGGAUGGAUUACUCCAGCUGCUGGGGAGCAGGG